AUGGCUGACAGUGCAUGUAGCCGAACCAGCAACAGACGCGUCGCGCGCGCAGGCGCUACCCAAGUGGCCGCGUUCAAGGGCCGAACCGGGACGACGGCCGCCGACGACAAGGAGACGGCAGACGCCGUGUCGGCCACCACCGUGGUCGGCGACGGUUGUUGUAACGUCGCUGUCGUCACCGCCACCGCCGCCUCCGCCACCGGGGACGACGACGGCGACGUGCAGUGCGGCAUCGGGCCGUGUCGGUCCAAGUGGAUGCAGGUGUUCGCGUCCAAGCAAGUGUUCUUGGCCACGUUCUGCUUCAGCUGGGUGUUGCAGGGCAUGUUCUCCACGUAUUUCGUGAGCGUGAUCACCACGCUGGAGAAGCUGUUCCAGUUGCAGAGCAAGACCAUGGGAUUGGUGCUCAGCGCUACCGAAAUCGGACAGAUCGGCUCGUCGCUGUUGCUCACGUACUACGGUGGCCAGGGACACCGACCCCGGUGGAUAGCGUCCAGCAUGGUGCUGUUCGGCGUCGCCGCGUUCGCGUGCUCGUCGCCGCACUUCCUGUUCGGCAAUCACCAGUACUCGCCGGCUGCGGCGUCCAUGGGCGGCGGCUCCGGAUUGGCCGGGUCGGCCGGCAACGCGACCACCGCGGCCGACUAUUACCCGUCCAACGUGUGCGUGCCGCCGGACCUGGCCAACGGACACGCCAGCCCUCAGCCACUGGUGCAACACGAGAUGUGCGAACAGAACGAACUGUCCGAACAGCUCGAACAGUCCAGGAACACGCAAAUCGUACUGGUCAUAUUCUUCACCAGUCUGCUGGGCGUGGGCAUCGGUCAAACGGCCGUCUACACGCUGGGCAUACCUUUCAUAGACGACAACGUGGCCAGUCGCGAGUCUCCGCUGUACUUCUCCAUCACCAUCGGCGUCCGCAUACUCGGCCCGUCUUUUGGGUUCCUGUUGGGCGCGUUAUGCACCAGCCUUUACGCGGACCUCAGCAACGAGCCCAACAUGGACACCAACAACCCGCGGUGGGUGGGCGCCUGGUGGCUGGGCCUGGUCGGCAUUUCGGCCACGCUGCUGUUGACUUCCAUACCGAUGUUCGCGUUCCCCAAACGGUUGCCGGAACCGUCGUCGGCCUGUAACGGCGCCUUGAAAAAGCAGCACCCGCCCCCUUACGACGGCAUAUCGGCCAUACCCAAAACGCCCAAGCUCAAAGACUUCCCGACCGCCGUCAAGAGACUUCUGAAAAACGACAUGCUCAUGUACAGGACCGCAAGCAGCGUGUUCCACCUGUUGCCGCUGGCCGGCAUCUACACGUUCCUACCGAAAUACUUCGAGUCGCAGUUCCACUUUCCCACGCACACCGCCAACAUGGUCACAGGAAUAUACGGCAUUAUGGUCAUGGGUAUUGGAAUCAUAAUAUCAGGAAUAUUCAUAUUGAAGAAAAAUCCCAAUGCUAGAGCAGUUGCCGCGUGGAUCGCAUUUACGGCUUUGGCGUAUGCUAUCGGCAUGUGCAUUUUAAUGUUUUUCGGAUGUCCAACCACGAACAUCACAGGAAUGCAAUACGACGAACUGAAUCAGCCCAAGUUUGUAUCUCCUUGCUCAGACCAUUGUGUGUGUGACGAGGAGAUGUUCAGUCCGAUAUGCGGCGUGGAUGGGAUAACGUACUUCUCAGCGUGCCACGCCGGAUGCCGGAAUCAGACGUUCGGAAAACAGUACAGUGUUGGCUACAAGUUCACAGACUGCCAGUGCAUGAACAAUAACGUUACGGAGGCGUAUCCGGGCUCAUGCAAAGACGAUUGCGAAGAUUCGGGCUUUUGGUAUAUAGCUUUAUUUUCCUUGUUCGUGUUCAUUCAUUCCACUUCCGAAGUGGGCAGUAUGUUACUCAUACUUCGGUGCGUACAUCCUCAGGACAAGGCCAUGGCUCUCGGGCUCAUACAGUUUGCCAUAGGCCUAUUUGGUAACGUUCCCUGCCCCAUAUUGUACGGAGCAGUCGUCGACUCGGCAUGUCUCAUAUGGGAAAUGACGUGCGGAAAACAAGGAGCGUGCUCUCUGUACAACUCGGACUCGUUCCGUAUCUUCUACCAUGGUGUUACUGGGCUGUUAAUGAUGUGCGCCUUUUUCGUUGAUAUAAUUGUUUGGUACAAAGCGGGGAGUAUAAACUUCGAGGACGAUCAUCAUAUGUCGGUUAACGAGGAAGAACUGAGUCAACUGACACCUAUUACUGACAAAACCGAAACGACUGUUUGACUAUAAUAGCUGAUAGAUGGUACCAAGAACGUCAACAUUAACACGAUUUGUCAUGUUCCUUAUUCAUAACCUCGAAGAGAUCUGUUUAAUUUUUAUUGAAUUUUAUACGGAUUUAAUUUAAUACUUUUUCAUUUAAAACUUAUGUACAUAUAC